UGGCAACCCUGACAAGAAGUCAAUUUGAAUUUGCGAAUUUUAGAUUUUUGGUGUAAGUUCUGUUGGCAAUUGUCAAUAAAUUGCGUAAAAUGUUCAAUGUGAAUGCGGCUUUAGUAACUCAAAGCACAGAUUCAAGCAGUAGCAGUAUAAAUUCAAACAUAACUAGGCGUGUACAGCACAGUCAAUUUCACGAGCAAAAGCUAAUUGAAAAGUAUUGCCGAGAAUCGGAACUGUUGAAAAUAAUUGAAAACGCCGUCGCAAGCUUUACGCGCAAUUACAAUCUUACUCUAAAGCCGGAAGAGGCAUUAGCACCAUUGUUGAUACGAUUGGAUUUCGAGUAUUCGGAUCUAAUAAAGCACGGCCAGCAGCUGCUCUAUUUGGCGCUACGUGAGCCCCUGCAAUUUGCCGAAGCGCUCAAGUACUCCGUAUACGGCCAAGUGCGCGAUCUGCUCAAAGCGAACGACAACGGACCCAAGUCUAUCGACAUCGCCCAGCUGCACACUCAGUGGCGCCUCUUGGAUCUGCCGCUGCAGGAAAAUCUGCUGUUCAAGCCAACCAAGUUCAAGUGUCCACUGGGCCUGGCCUUAGUCCACGGCAUCUUGUCCGCAUACACGCCUCCAGAAAUAUUGGUGUUACAAUCAAUUUGGUAUUGUGGCGGUGGUUGUAUGCGAAACGCAAUUCAAACCAGCUCCACAGAAGCUCCUUUGUGUCCCAACUGCUCGCGAUCCAUGAGUGAAUACCAAAAGUUGAGAGUUACUGAAAGUUAUCGCCUUAUUGCCAUAUUGCCAAGUGUCUGUGCAGAGACACCACGACAAUUGAAUCGCAUCUAUCGCCCGAUUCUAGUACGUCUACGAGCUCAUACCUACGACUGCGAUCUGAAGUUGGGUGCCAUUUACCUAGUCACAGGUUAUUAUAAUAGUACAUCGACUAGUUAUCAAUUUGAAUCAUGCCAUCUAAAAAGAAUCCAAAGACUGUGAACAUGAAGAACGCAAGGGUG